AUGCCGACGUAUCCCAUCCGCCGCCGCCCGCGCGAGUGCAAGACCUGCUUGCCCUGCCGCGCCAGCAAAGUCCGCUGCGACCGCAACGUGCCCUGUAGCAAUUGCGUCAAGCGCAGCUUCACCUGUUCCUACGGUCGCCCGCCCUCCUCCGACGAGCUCCCCAUACCCGCCGCCGCUAUUACCGCGUCCCCCACAACGCUGCAGCCUUCCUUUGUCUCUCCAGGCAUCCCACCUUCCUAUGCUGCGUCCGCGCCUUCUACAUGCGAUGCCUCCUGCGCUCCCGAGCGGUACACCCAGUACACCCAAGCCAGCGACGACUCGGACCUCCCCGAGAUCAUUGACAUCUCGCAGACGGAAUGGGACGACGUGAAUACCAAGAUGAGGGUCAUGGAGCAGAUCCUUGGCAGCCUACACUCGCUGUUCAACGCACAUUCGUCCCGCAAACGCAGCGAGGCAAGGUCCUUGGAACGAAAGGAUUCCGCCCGGUCGCAGGGCGUGUACGGGCCGAACGUGUUGAAGACGGGCGCCGUCCAUCUUGGGUCUCGGUCCGCCCUCGUCGACAUUCUGGAUAAGUCCAAGGGCUCUGAGGAUACAGCGCAGGCGCUGCCUCAGGAGGAUUUGCUGGCAGAGCUCGCUCUGGGCAACGAGUCGGCGGCAUAUCCAUUUGUGGACUUGUGGUCCUCCGAUCCAUAUACUUUCAAUAUUGCCGGGGUGUGUGCGGUGCUCCCGGACGACGAGAAAUGUCAACGAUUUUUGGGGUUUUAUAAAGAUAUCGGCGCCGUGUUAUAUCCGGUACUACCCGAUCUCGGCAAGCUUGAACAGAAGACACAUUGGUUACUCGAAGGCAGGCGACGGGCUGGGGGUGUCUAUAAACCAGAUGCGAAUGGGUUAGUCAAGCCGUUCGGAAUGGACCUGCCGUUUCUCAGUUUGCUUUUUGCGGUGCUUGCCUCGGGGUGCCAAUUGUCCGAUCUGGCAAGUGCCGACCGUGAAAUGACUUCAUGGAUAUACGUGUCUUGUGCAUACCAAUGCCUGCGCAUGUUGAAUUAUGUGUCGCAACCCACUGUAGAGGUCAUCCAAAUUCUGCUCAUUAUUAGCAAUGUUCUGUCAUAUAACAUGAACGCCGGUGCUUCUUACACUUUGCUUGGCAUGACGGAGCGUAUGUGUCUUGUUCUUGGGCUUCACGUCGAGACUACAGGAUUCACAGCCGAGGAGCAGGCCAAUCGAAGGCGCGUCUGGUGGGCGAUGGCCUUUCAAAAUAGCCAUUUCUCGCUCGCUUAUGAUCGGCCAUCUAUAACCAUGGUCAGCCAACCCGAGAUUCCCUUUGAUCGUAAAUCCAUGCCGGGCUAUCGAACAUACUUCGAGACUCUCUGCCGCGUGGUCUCGCUUGCACUGGAAGUGCUGCGAUCCCGCAUGUACCCCGAGUCCCAGCAGCCACGAUAUCAUGAGAUUCGCGAGUACAAGCACCGGAUACAGCGGAUGAUCGCCGAAGCCACCCCACAUUUGCGACACCGUGAGCAAUGUCGGUCGCUCGCGGAGCACAUUGAGCGCACCGAGCUGCGCCUACACUCCUCGUAUCUCCUUUCUGUCUUGUGUCGGGUAUCUUUAGACCGGCAUACCCAUCUCGACGAGUCGCGCCGAGCUGUCAUCCACGACGAGUGCAUCAGUAGCCUGAUCAGCACCAUCGAGGCCUUCGUCGAGCUGCACGAGAUCAAUUCGCACUGCUCCCGAUCAUGGAUCAGCUUGCAGCGAUCUAUCGCAUCCGCGUUCCUGCUCGUUUCCACCGACGACGGCCCACAGACCUGGGAGCUGAUCGACCGGCUGGAGAACGUCCUGGCCGACCACGUGUAUGCGGACGGCAAGACCGACCAGAAUAACCGCACCGAUUCUGCCAAACAUCUCGCCUCAUCGCUGCGUGCACUGCGCGAGAUCCGUGAAGCCUUCCGGGACCGCAAAACGGCGCCGGCUGCGCCACACCGCCGACGGACGUACUCGCCGCUGAUCUUGCCGUCGCCGCCCUCGAUGGAUACCACCCCGGAUCUGCCGCCCAAUAUGGCGCCCGCUGGUGGCUCCGCGCCCCCGCUUGAGGAUUGGAGUAUGCAGAACAUCUUGGGACGUGUGUCGGACGUCAUGCUGUUCCCCAGUAUGCGCGGCGCCAGCCCGACUGUGUGA